AUGCUACAAAGAGGCUCAAAAACUCGAGUUUCAACUGUCAGUCCACCAAAUUCGUUUCGUCGCCGUCGCGUCGCGAGUUGUGUCGAGCCCUCGGUACCUGAAGGACCGUUUUUUUUUUCCUCCGAACGGAUUUGUUGUGCGUUUGUGGCGUGUGAAUCCUCCGGUUGUGGUCCCACCAGACACGGAACCGGUUGCGUGUGGUUGAAUGUUUGCGGUAUUUUCGGCGCGGAACACCAUUAUUGCGGGGCGGCUCUUUCUGCGCUUUCGCCGUGCCAAAGUAAGAAGGUAGCGAACGAGGAACUUUACGAGCUGAUUUUUGCAGUUUUCCACGGGAAAAUUACAACAAGUUGCCACCCAGAAUCAUCCAACUCCCGCCAGGACUCCUCCGCCGGGUGUCGUGCCCCGUUGCUGAAGGUCCGGAAGACGUCGUUCGAGAUGGUCGACUCGCAGGACAUGAACCACCAGGCGUACGGCGGCGGUGACGAGCAUCACCAGCAGCAACAGGCCGAAGAAUGCGAAGCUGCCCUGCUGUCUUCAAUUGAGACGGCCGACCUGAUGGACCUGGAUUCGGACAUUUUCAUGGGUCUCGACCAGUACCCGUCGGGUGGAAUCGACGCCAUCAAGCUGGAAUCGUUCCCGUCGAUGGACCAGCAGCAACAGCAUCAGCCGGAACCCCCCAGCACUCCGGCCCAACUCGCUCUCGACCAUUUGAACCGGGCGCCGACGCUGGACGAGGUGCACGAUCCGGCGUUCAACUUCAACGUCGACCUGAACGGCGAAUCGAGCGGCAAGUCGAGCUGGAUGUUUUCCUCGCGGCUGAACAAGGUCUUUGUCAAGAUGGGUCAGCCGUGCACGUUCAACGUGUCGUACCAGAGUGGCGGCGGCGUGAGCGUGCCGCCGCAGCUGCAGGUCCGGGCCAUGUUGGUGUGUUCGGCACUGGAGGACCUGUACACGCCGAUCUACAGGUGCGAGAACCAUCGUGGGAACGACCGGAGCAAUCCGAACCUGUCGCCGUCGGUGAUUGCGCACGUCAUGCGGUGCUUCAACCCGUCGGUGCGUUACGUUGGGGGCGAGCAGGGAGUCGCGUUCAAGGACCGGCUGGCGGUGGUGGUUCCGCUGGAGUCGAGCGCCCAGGAGCAGGUCGUCGCGUCGAACGUCUCGCUGGAGUUUGUGUGCCAGAAUUCCUGCCGGAUCAUCAACCGGCGUCCAACGGCCAUCAUGUUCACGCUGGAGGACGGCCACGGCCAGAUCCUCGGCAAGAAGUCGCUUCACCUCAAGGUAUGCAGCUGUCCGAAGCGCGACAAGCAGAAGGAGGAGGAAACGCUCGCGCCGGCCUCCAAACGGAAGAGCGACGUCGGUCCGGUUGCCCCACCGGGAAAGAAGGUCGCCAAGCUGUCCACCUCCCACCGCAGCCCGAGCGGCGCCAGCGAAAACUCCCCGUCCCAUCACCACCACCACCACCAGCAACAACCCCCGGCCGGCAAGCUCGCGUUCAUCAAGAAGGAACCCUCCCCCGUUCCGCUGUCCCGUAGUGGCAGCGGUGGGGGCGCCCGUGCCCUCACCCCGCUCAACAGUGCCGAGUUGGUGGAGCAGACCGCGACCACGAUUGCCGUUCCGAUGCCGAGCGUCGAGUCCGCCGUCAAGGUGGCGGAGUACGCGUUCCAGGUCGUGGCCGGCGACCUGGUGCGGUGCGUCGACGACGACCAGCGCAAGAGCUUGGCGGCCUUUCUCACCCAGAUCCGGCGGCUGCAGAAGUCGCUGACCACCGGCGUGGGACGUUCCGGCCAUACCAACAGCACCACAGAUUCGGAGUAGUCGCCCCUCUUAUUUCGUUUUUAGUUAGUUCAACUUGUUUAAGGAGACCACUAACAAAUUACGUUUAAGGUAUCGAAAGGUUGCGUACGCUAUCAAACGUACAUUUUCCGUUUACUAAUCUUAAAAGUUUGUACUUUUCAAAAUUGUGCGAGUCAAAAUUUGUCUAAACUUCCCAGUGUCUUCCUUUUUGAGUGUUUUUUUUGUAUUUUCAAAAUUUCAAACUGUUGACCUUAAACCACAAAAAAAAUCCUCCCACCCACUGUCGAAUUCAAAGUCGAAUUUUGAAUCCUUCUUGUCGUAUGAUUAUUGUUCACCUAUAUUUUUAUCUUCUUGUGCCAAACACGUUAAAUUUUAUUCAACCACAAAUAAUUUCAAUCGGUCGAUCGAACGGUGCAACUCUUAGCUCAAUUUUGAGAUUGACCUUUGUUAAUUUUGCAAACUUUUUUUUCCCCUAGUUUUAAGAUUUAAACAAAAGUAAAGGAGGUAUUAGACUAUGACAAAUACACAAACCCCCACUUUUAGACAGUUUGUCAGCUUUGUUUGUCACAGUCUAAUACCUCUUUAAGUUUUCUUUGAGAGUACCUUGUAAGAGUAGAAGUUUAAUAAAAAAAUACUUAAGCCUAGUUUAGCGUGCAACGUGCAACGCAUAGAUAUACAAUUUACUUUAAAGAAAAGACCACUCGUGAUGCAAAGCUGCCACAUUGAGCGCUUUCUAAACUUUAAUGUUAGUGUUUAAGAAGCAAUGAAAGAAAGAGAAAAGAUGUUGUUAAAUUUAACAUUGUGCAAACGGCACACUUUAUUGAAGAGAAAAAAGUAAGAAAAAA